AAAAAUUAAGUUUUUCAAUUUUUUUUGCAGAGGUGUUUUGAUUUUUUUGUUCCCAAGCUAAAAAGAAACUUUUAAAACUUAUUUUACUAGAUUUUUUAUACUUGAAUGGAAAAUCCAUGGUUUAUGUACUAUAAAGCCUUCUAUUAAAAGCCUGCUCUCUCGCUCGAAAGAAGCGAAAAAUCAAAAAAGUUCAAUCCUGUUUAUCUCGGCUCUGGGAAAAAUUUUUUGGAAAUUUUUUAUGUCUCGAAUCACGACUGAAAGGAGUUUUAAUAUGAUUUAUCACUCGAGCCAGUUCGAUGAUCAUUUAUACGAUUUAUCACUCGAACCAGUCCGAUAAUCUGAUUUGCGUGGAAACAAAAGAAAAACUACAAAACACCCAAAUACCCAGUUCCUCCCCUUUUUCAAUGGUGAGAUCAAAAAAGCCGUCCUUCUGAUUUUGUACAAUACGGAUAUGGAUCAGCAUACAAAAAUUAUUUAUUGCUCAGGUGUUUAAAAAAGCGUUGUAACCAAUGAAUUCACAUGCACGAGAAAUGUUUAAAAAAUGUAUAGAGUCCGUGAAAUUGGUGAUCGUUUUGGGGGGAAAUGUUAAACACGACAAACUUUUUUCUGGUAUUAGCAUUUGUAGUGUGGUUUAAACUAGAAAUAUAGUUCAGCUAAAAAGAUAAGUUAAUCAAGUUGAAUAAUUUCCAAGGCGUGGAAACUGGGACGACUUUUGAGAAAAGACCGAUUUGACUUCGCCUUUGCCAGUGACCUCAAAAGAGCCCAUUUAACGUGCCAAUUAGUGCUGUCACAGCAAGAAAAUGAAGAUUCUACGAUCUGUAUCCCCGUGGUGCGGACAUUGAAGUGUCUGCGUGAACGAAAUUAUGGUUCAGCUGAGGGUAAAGCAGUUUCCGAAUUGAACAAAAUGGCUGCAGCAGUUAACAAAAAACCGCCGGCGUUUGUGCCCAAAGGCGCUGAGACACUUCCUCAGAUUCAGCAACGCGUGAAAGAGUUUAUGAAAAUAAUGUAUAACUUCGUUUCAGCUGGAAAAGGCGAAGAAUUAUUCGAAAAUGCUGCAGAUGGCUCAGCUGACAAAAGCAAUGAACUAAGAGAGGCUCUUGAUCUUCUCAAAGAAGACAAUGAUUUGACCUCUGUAUCUGGCCAGAGUGCUGCUGCUUUCCUGCCUGUAAAGACAAAUCCGAAGUCUAUCUCUUGUCUCAUAGCUAGCCACGGUGGACUAAUCCGGGAAUUUUUAAGGGUCGUUACAAAUGGAAACCUCGGUGAUGAUGUUAUAUCUCAAAAAGACACCAAGCGACUUCUAAGCACUCCUCCAAAUACUGCAUUCACGCAUCUGUCCUUGACUAUGAGUAGUCCGACUCAGUUCACAUUGAAUAAACUGCACUUCUUGCAUGAUGUGUCUCACUUAGCCUAGAACGAUUCUGAUUUCCAAGUUUUGAAAGAAUAUUUGUUCUCAGAUCUCAUACUAAUUGUGCCCAUUUUGACAGAGUUAAGAGUUGGUCACUUUAUAAUUUCACUGUGACUUAGUGUUUACCAUUAAGAGCAAUAUGCUCAGAUCAACUUGGACAAUUCUGAUAGUUGCAACAUAAACCUAACUUGAACUAAGUUAUUAUAUGGUAUUUGAAAACGUCAUUUAAUUCAGAAUUGCCGUUGACAUUUUGAGUCAGUUUCGUAAUUACUUGAACAGAGGUUUGAUGAAGAUGUGAAAAAUAUUUUGAUUGUUUCGUUAUUUUAGUUAGCUAAUGUUUAUAAUGUAAAAUACUACUUCAUUCAAUCCAAACUGCGUUAGUUGAAGUGCCAACUUGAGGUUUGCUGAAUAGACUUCGAAUGUCUCAAAAAUCGAAGUCGACGUUCUACUGUAACUUGAACAACAGAAACAAAUACUUGGCUUUCUUCAAAGCAAGCCGAGGUGGAUUUCCGUCAAACGAGGGCGUCCUAUGCUGUGCCAAGUGUACCAUUACAACCCAAGGCGUGAUAUUAUGUGGAUACUUGGUACUCACAAAAUUCAGACUCUCAUUUCUGAGUUUAGAUACAUUUGGUGAAAUCAUACCAUGCAGUGAGGAUUCGGCGAAUUUUUAUGACCCGCGAGUGGACAUACUUUUGCCACAAGUGCGCAGAGUGUACCUUGUAAAACAAGACGCGUCUGCAGCUGCGAUUCCAGAAGAUGACCAAUCAGAAAUGGAGCGAACUGUAACACCUACGAAGGAAAUGCAAAAGAAGCUGAGUCUUGUAUGGCUUCCCUUUCCGAGUUCUUACAAUAGCCCAACUAUGGAGUUUUUCUACAUGCAAAUCGAGUGUACAGACUUCAACUCCAUAUGUAUAGUUUUCGAUAAAAAGGAGCCAUUUGCCGAGUUUUUGAACAACUUUGCGGAUCUGUUAAGAUCAGAAUCAAAAUUCAACUACUUGUUCACUGCCUCAGAAUCUUACUCGUGCGGUUAUUUCGAAUCUGAAGAAUCAAAUAUUAAUAGGUUCGAAUCUUUAGGAGACUGGGAUAUCUACCUAUCUCAACAUAUUGAUCUAUCUCAAUCGGCUACUAAUUUUUACACCUUCGGAGCUUUUGUUGGCUUCUGUAUCUUCAAGCAAAUAAAUAGAGAUUUCAGCAGCAAUUUAUCUGACAGAGAAAAGGAACAUUUUCCUCGAUUUUCAUUCCAUUACAGCUCGAAUAGCACCACUAGGUAUAUUUUCAGGUACUGUCCAAACAAUCUGGCAAAUUCGAAUAUUUCCAAAAAACUGCUGCUACCUUCCAACGCAAAAGAGUCCAACAAUCUGCACAGAUUUAUCGAUAUUGGUCAAUACAUGUUCUUCGAUCCUUCAAAUCUUUCAUAUUCAUAUGAAUUGAUAUCAGAGUAUGUUAAUUUCCGGACGGGACGCACGCGCAAGUUCGCUAAGCUAUCGAUUAAGCAAUUCAGAACCGUUUUCGAUCAAUCGGGUUGGCUUCUGGCUGUGAGCGAAAGUUUGAGGUCGGCUGCUAUUGUUGGUUCUUCGGUGAUAACAUCAAUGGAAACCUUACUUUUAGUCACUGAUAGUCUAAGAAAUGGACAGGAUACUCUAAUUUUGGUAUCAUCGCUGGCUCAAAUUAUGUUGCUGCCUCAAUGCAGGACCAGAAAGGGCUUCAUUGAAUUGAUUCAGAAAGAGUGGAUUGCAGAUGGGUUUGAUUUUAAAGCGCAGCUGCCCAAGUUCACGGAUGCGAAACCAAAAUUCUUGAAGAAAUUCCUGGAAAAGAACACGGAAGGCAGUCUGAAUGGAAAACGAGUCAAAGAUUUCUUCAUGAAUAGAGCAUCAGUGAUUUCGGCGCGUCCAACUGAAGAGACCUCGUUGUACAAGCGAACUAAACCUCCAAUUUUUCUGCUCUUUCUAGACUGCGUGUUCCAGUUGACCCACCUGUAUCCCACUGAAUUUGAAUUUACCUCAGUUUUCCUGUGCCAAAUAUGGAAUCUACUCCUGACUGGAGCGUUUACCAACUUCAUGGAUCCCAGAUCAUCUACCAAGUUCGAGGCAGCGUCUAAUUUGUGGCUGUGGAUUGAAAACUUCUUUGAAAAAUAUGAUGCGGAGGCGUUUAAGAAUCCUUUAUACGGAUUUUGCUUGACAACAACCGGUAAAAUUCCCCAUUUACCUUUAGAAAGUGAACUCUAUCGGAUACCUAACAUAGAAGUGUGGGAUGAUUUGUUCUUUCAACAUCACAGUGAUUGUUCGACGGUACAAGUUGUAGAAAAUGAAAAGCGGGAAUCGACACUCAUGAGGUGUAAUCAGUUUUGGAUCCCCGCUCCGAAUGUAGUCCAGAGGAUCAAAGUGAUCGACGCGGCGGCCGAAAAUUACCGAUGUGUAAAUAGAUUCAUAGAUAAUGUAGGCAGACAUUGGCCUGUUGACUCUUCUGACGGCCUUGAAGACAGUUAUGGCAGUUCGCAUAAUGCUUACAAGUUUGAAAGACAGUCAAGUAGAAGUAUGUCGUUCGGGUUUAUGCAGGGAGGCAAGCAGACGUUCGUUAAAAUGACGUCAAGUAACGACGAUCUGUCAUUUAUUGGUGAAGAUUCCGACGGAGAAUACGACCCCAUCACUCCCUCGCCCGCCAAUAACAGAAAGAACCGAGCGCUGGCAAUCAGAGAGCAAGGAGCCGAAAAUGGCGAUUUGAAGCCACUAGACGAAUAUAAUUUCCGAAAAUUCUCUGCGCGAUUAACAGCUCCAUACCCGGUUCAUAAGCUUGUCGACGCUUCGGACGAAAAAGAUAGCGACGAUAUUGGUUAUGAUUUAGGAAGACCGAGUAGUACUAAAAUUAGUUUAGAUGUAGUCACAAAAUUUUAAUUUAAUCACAAAUUAUUACAAAUCAAAUUUUAUACUCAUGCUAAAGACGUUUGUCAAUACUUCAAACAUUUGAUGUUUCAGCUAAAUUGUUCUAUCCACCGAA